AUGCCCUCCUACGUUGUUGUCGGGGCAUCCCGUGGCCUAGGGUACGAAUGGCUUCGACAACUGAGCAGUUCCCCAGAAAAUACCGUCAUAGGCCUUGCCAGGGCACCUACGACGGUCGAGGCGAAGCUGGCUGCUGAUGAGAUCAGCAAUGUCAAAAUUUUGGCGGCCGAUUUGAGCGACCACAGAUCCCUCACAACCGCAGCAACCGAUGUCGCAGCACUGACCGGCGGCUCUCUGGAUUACCUGAUUGUAAAUGGAGUGCACCAGAACCCUGCCGCUGACUUUCUGACCCCCACCGAGUUCAGUGGCCGGGAGGAUCUGUUGCAUGAUUACAUGGUCAAGGCAUUGGAAAUUAAUGUCAUCGGGGCGAUGUAUGCGAUCAAUGCCUUCUUGCCGCUGGUGCGGAAGAGCAGCAUCAAGAAGAUUGUUGUGAUCACGACCGGGCUGGCCGAUCUAGACUCCCAGCGACAAGGCACAAUCGGAUUCUUCGUGACCUAUAGUGCAUUGAAAGCCGCCCUGAACAUGGUCGUGGUCCGAUAUAGCAUCGAGCUGAAGCGUGAGGGGGUUACAUUACUAGCCCUGAGUCCUGGCUUGGUUAAUACCCAGGAAGUACCACCGCCGCCAGAAGUGAUGCCUCGAAUCGCAAAUUUGAUGCAGGAUGUUGUCACAGCAAACCCCGAGUUCAAAGGACCCAGCACUCCGGCGGAGAGCGUGAGGCAACAGAGAAAGGUCAUCGAGGACAUCACGCAUGAAAAUAGUGGUGCCUUUCUGUCGCACUUUGGUAACAGAGAGUGGAUUUAG